CUGCUCGUCCGUCGACAACACCAGUCACAGGCGUCUCUACUGCUCACCAGGCGCCGCCGCCGCCUCUACUGCUGCUCGUCAGUAGCCACCCGCCGUCCCCUGGUGACCAAAUUUACUGAUGCCAAUGGAACCCUUGCUGUCUUUAGACUCUCCAAGAUGAACAAAUCUCGAGCGGCCACUAUCGUCGCUGCAUCCCCAGGUCUGCUCUCUUUCUUUUCUUCUUCUUCUAUCAGCUCCUCCUCCUUGUGCGGCAUCUCCAAUCGGCUGCUUUCCAUUUUCUCUACCUCCACCGCCGCCGCUCCUUUUCCUCCUCCGGCGACGGACCCGGUCGAUCUUCCUUCUCAGCUUCUCGCAAUCAUUUCUCUUCCCAACUGGCAGAAACACCAUUCCAUCCGAAAACUAAUAUCCGCCAUCUGUCCUUCUCACGUAUCCUCUCUUCUCCAUAACAACCCUGGCCUUCCCCCUCAUGUCGCCCUCAAUUUCUUCAAUUUCGUGGCUCGGAAACCUGGGUUUAGGCACGAUGUUCGGUCGCAUUCAUUGCUCUUGAAUAAUUUGAUUCGGAAUAAGCUUUUCGGUGUUGCGGAGAAAGUUAGGAUUGCCAUGAUCAAAGAUUGCAGUUCGGUUGAUGAGGCGCCCUCGGUUUUGGAUUGUUUGCGAGAUAUGAACAAAGGGGAAGCGGAGAUGGAGUUUAAGCUCACUGUUAGGACUUACAAUGAGCUGCUUAUGAUGUUAUCGAGGUUCCUAAUGAUUGAUGAGAUGAAGAAAGUUUACAGUGAGAUGAUCGGUGACUUUGUUUCACCGAAUAUAUACACAUUCAAUACUAUGAUUAACGUGUAUUGUAAGGUUGGGAAUGUGGUUGAGGCGGAUUUGUAUGUGAGUAAAAUUUUGCAGGCUGGUAUGCAGCCAGACACCUUUACUUACACUUCAUUGAUACUGGGGCACUGCAGGAAUAAUGAUGUGAAUGCUGCAUUUAGAAUUUUUAACGAGAUGCAGAAGAAAGGUUGUAGAAGAAAUGCAGUUUCUUACACGGUUCUCAUACAUGGACUCUGUGAAGCCGGAAGAGUUGAUGAAGGCAUUCGUUUAUAUAAGAAGAUGGGAGAAGAUAAUUGUCUCCCUACUGUUCGAACUUAUACGGUAAUAAUUGAUGCAUUACUUGCAAACGAUAGGCAGUUAGAAGCAAUGGAAGUGUUAAGCAAAAUGAGGGAGGCAGGGUGUGAGCCGAAUGUUCAUACUUACACUGUGUUGAUUGAUGCCUUGUGUAAAGAAAAGAAGAUGGAGCAGAGUAGACAAAUGUUAGAUGAGAUCAUAGACAAAGGGUUGAUUCCCAGUGCAGCUACCUACAACUCUUUGAUUGGUGGGUACUGCAAGGAGGGGAUGAUGGACGUUGCUCUUGAAAUCUUUGAUAUGAUGAUGUCUAACAAUUGUAAGCCAAAUCAACGCACUUACAAUGAGUUGAUCUAUGGAUUCUGCGAGGCAAAAUGUGUGCACAAGGCAAUGACAUUGCUAGAUAGAAUGCUUGCUUCGAAGCUGACCCCUACCAUUAUUACUUUUAAUUUGUUGAUUCGUGGCCAGUGUAAAUUAGGUAAUCUAGAUAGUGCCUACAAGUUGCUUGAUUUGAUGAGUGAUAAUAGGGUUAUUCCAGAUAUAUGGACUUACUCUGUUUUUGUGGAUGUACUUUGUAAAAAGAAGAGGGUAGAGGAAGCUCUUGCUUUGUUUCACAGCCUGAAGGAGAAAGGUAUACAGCCAAAUGAAGUGAUCUAUACUGCAUUGAUUGAUGGACUUUGUAAAGCUGAAAGGGUAGAUGAUGCUUGUUCUUUGCUGGACAAAAUGCACAGUGAACAUUGCCAGCCUAAUUCAUCCACGUACAAUGCCUUGAUACAUGGGUUGUACAGUGAGAGAAAAAAGAAAGAAGCUUUGCAGUUGGUGGAAAAUAUGGGAAAAGUGGGUUUAAAUCCCACUGUUCAUACUUACACGAUCAUAAUCAAAGAGAUGCUGAAAGAAGGCGAUUUUGGCAACGCUUAUAGGAUUUUAAAUCACAUGGUAGCCUUAGGAUGCAAACCUGAUGCAUAUACAUAUACAGCUUUUAUCCAUGCAUACUGCAGCAUAGGCAACCUUCAAGAAGCAGAGGAUAUGAUGGCUAGGAUGUUUGAAGUUGGAGUGAUCCCAGAUUCCUUGCCUUAUACCAUUUUAGCCGAUGCUUAUGGGAGACUGGGAUUGAUGGAUGAUGCAUUUACUGUACUCAAGCGCAUGGAUGAUAAUGAUUGUGAACCUCCUCAUCAUACAUAUGCUGUUUUAAUCAAGCAUCUGUCCAAGGAUAAGUUGUGCAAAGAGAACCUCAGUUUGACAGGUGUGGGUGAUAGAGAUGCAGCAUUUCUGGAUGUUGCUGAUGUAUGGAAGGUUAUGGAGUAUGAUACUGCUUUGUUUCUUCUGGAGAAAAUGAUUAAACAUGGCUGUUCGCCGACUGUGAACACUUACUCCAAGCUUAUUAUCGGACUUUGCAAGGCGAGGCGCUUGGCUAUGGCUCAAAGGUUACUCAACCACAUGAAUAUUAAAGGAUUGUCACCCAAUGAAGAUAUUCUUAAUUCUCUUCUGGGUUGUUGUUGUGAGCUGGAAAUGUAUGCGGAUGCAUUAAAUCUACUGGAGUCUAUGAUGAAGCAUGGUCAUUUACCAAAAUUGGAUUCUUUCAUGUCCAUAGUAUGUGGGUUAUAUGCCGAAGGGAAUACUGUCAAGGCUAAGGCAGCAUUUUCCUACUUGCUUCAUCGCCAGUACAAUUAUGACGAAGUGGCUUGGAAAGUUCUAAUUGAUGGCCUGCUCAAAAAAGGCCUUGUUGAUGGAUUUUCUGAAUUAUUCAGCCUCAUGGAAAAGAAGGGCUGUUUUAUUCAUCCCAAAACUUACACCAUGUUAAUUGAAGGACUUGAUGGAUCAUGA